AUGACGGAAAAUACACUAUUCUGUUAUGAAUCUGUGAACAAAUCAUGUGUAAAACACAUUUAUGUGACCACAGUACGUAGUCCAAUAUAUAUGAUCUGUGUAGCGAUUAUUCUCUUUACGGUUUGUGGAAACUUGUUUGUCGUCAUCUCCAUUGCUCACUUCAAACAGCUUCACACACCAACCAAUUUUCUCGUUCUCUCAUUAGCAGUUGCUGACUUGUUAUUAGGAGGAUUUGUUAUGCCUCCCAGUAUGGUCCGAUCCCUUGAAACUUGUUGGUACUACGGAGACUUGUUUUGUAAAAUCCAUUCCAGUAUUGAUACCAUGUUAUGUACUACUUCUAUAUUCCAUCUCUCCUUCAUUUCAAUUGAUCGAUAUUAUGCUGUGUGUGAACCACUAAAAUACCAAACUAAAAUCACUAUUUAUGUUGCACUUUUCAUGGUUGUCAUUAGUUGGAGUGUUUCAGCUGUUAUUGGAUUUGGACUGAUUUUUCUGGAGUUAAAUAUAAAGGGCAUAGAAGAUGUCUACUAUGAGAAUAUAUAUUGUGUAGGGGGCUGUACUCUGAUACAGACUGAAAUAUCUAGCCUGAUUGCUCUGGGAAUAGUGAUGGGGGUCUUUCUCUGCUGCUGGAUGCCAUGUUUCUUGACUGUCAGCCUGGAUCCUAUUUUUAAUUAUUCAACUCCACCUGUCCUAUUUGACACUCUUGUGUGGCUAGGAUACUUAAAUUCUACAUUUAAUCCUCUUGUCUAUGCUUUCUUUUACAGUUGGUUCAGAAAAGCUCUUGGAAUGAUUGUAUUUGGCCAGAUAUUUCAAGCCAAUUCUUCAAGAACAAAACUAAUUACACAUUGA